GCAUAAUGUUAAGAAGCUGAUCUUUCACACACCUCCUUCUAGUUAUGGUACCCGUACUGUGCCGAUACACCGAAACAAUGGUUGCUCCAACUGCUGUGCCAGUGGUGGGCCAAAUGGAUAUUUGAUAUUAAAUAAUACUUGCUCUAGGAUGAUGCGACGAGUUCGCGAGGUUCAAUAGUACGUCCCCUCCAAAGGUUCAAGCCAACGGCACUGCGGACACAAGUAGGCAAAAGUCAAGGUCCGUAUAUUAGGCAACUCAUGCAGGCCCGGGGGCGACGGUAAGGUGUCAACCGACCGCAAGCCAUUGAGUCUAACGUCCCCUUUAGAAUUGAGGUCUGCUGGCAUCGCAGAGCGGUUCUUCUUACCACCGUCAUAAAGAACAAUAUUCAGCGUAUAAAAGCAAGGUAUCUUCAAGUCCUACUGCACAUCCAAGUCGAAGCUCUUCAGAUUUUUCUGAUACUAUAUCACAUCUCAUACGAUGCGUUUAUCCCUUGUCCUCGCUCUUGUCGCUGCUUUAACAGCAUCAGUAUAUGCCAGUGACGCUGAAGCUGAGGGCUGUCCUUUCACUUGCAAACAUGAUGAUGACUGCACCGCCUGUGAAACACCAAAAUGCGUAAGUAGCUUGCAUCCUGGAUAUAACCACACAAAUAACCGGCGUUGUAUCAGGACCUUUUUGUAUGUGUCAGGAGUUGAUCAAUGUAGCGGGCCGCAUCAGGAUUAAAACCCACAGCCAAGCAA